UAUCUAGGAAACCUGAGUCUGAAAUAAUAUAUCCAUGAAUGUCCACAAGCUUUGGGAGGUCCGGGAGUACAUGAACGUAAAUGGCAACAUGUUAAGCAGCGAACUGAUUUCCAUGCUGCAAAACUCCCUCACUAUGCUGCAGACAGAAAACCAUUUCACACACAUGCAGUACUGGGGACAGUUGUACGCCGUGGAUGGUGACUACCACAUCGCAGUUGGCAUAACCAAUGAUGCCGUGGCAGAUCGCAGAUAUUUUUACACGACCGACUUGAAGAACUGGGCCUUAUUGCCGAAAGCAAAACGACGUCACAGGUUGCUGUCGCUGCUCGCAACUUUUCCAUUCCGUGGAGAUCCGACUCUUAAAGUUAAAAUUUUAGACGAAGCUCAAGAAGAAAACAACCCAGACCGCUGUCAGGUUAUUACAGAAGAAAGCAGGAUGGCGGGAACUAUUGCUAACAUUUGCGACGAAGCGGAAAUAUGCGCGAGAGGGCAGCUCAUCAAGCAGCCAGAUGGAAGAGUUGUCAUCAAUUCAAACUUUUACGGCCUAACUGGUUCCGAAGCUCAACAGUUAAAGUCGUAUCUUCAUAUACGUCCGCCUCAGCACCAGUGGAAUUCCAACCUUCUCAGCAGGCAAGACUAUAAUUAUAGUAUGGAUUUCCUUGACUCCAUCGACCAGGAUAUACCUAAUGGCUGUUGGAAUUUGAGUUUAGAACAAACGGGAAGUAUUGCGUAUCUGAAGAGCCUGUACUGGCCUGGAAUGACAUAUUUCCAUCAAAUUCGAACCCCUGAUGCCGGUUUUCUAUAUAUAGGCAACGGCCGUAAAAAUCUAGACGUACCAUUUUUGGUUUAAAUAGGUUUGCUCUUUUGCAAAUAUUAUUUCAAGUAGGUAGGUAUCAAAUCAAUAUGCAGGGACCAGGAACCGA